CGCUGUGACGUCACACCGCUCUCUUGACGUCCGGCUGCGGAAAGGUUUGUUUGUGUUCGUGUAAAGUGUUAAAACCGAUGGAAACCGUUCAGACGUUAGUAUGCUUUUACAAGAACCGUGAAACGAGCGGAGCGUCGUCGAGUGUAGCACGAUUAACGCUUUAUCCGACAGUGAUGACGCUUAUUGAUGAGAGGUGCGAGAACACUGCACUUCUGGACACACACUUCCGUGAAAUUCUUUAAUUAAAUAGUUAUUUUUCUACUUGUCCGUUCAGGUUAUUACUGACCCUGCCCACAUCUGUGGACCGCACAUAUGACACCAAAGUCACACAGAAGUCCUCGAGGUGAAGCGAGAUGGCGUUUAUUAAACAGGAGAGUGAGGACCUGAGGAUUGCAGAGGUAUUCAGCUUGAAACAUGAAGACACUGAGGAACUAACAGACCUGAUGGCAAUAAAAGAAGAGAGUCAAGAACUGAAAGAAACAGAAGAGAAAGCUCAAUAUGAAAAACAUGACUUCUUUACUGUAAAAAAAACCAUACCGACUGAAUCAAAUUCAGUUCGCAAGACCAAACCUCCCAGUUACUUAACAUGCCACGAAUGUGGAAAGUGUUUCACAUUAAAAGUAAACCUUAAUGAACACAUGAAAAUUCACGCUAGAGAGAAGCUGUUCCCAUGCCAACACUGUGGAAAGAGUUUCACACUAAAAGAAAGCCUCGAUGAACAUGUAAUCUUUCACACCGGAGGAAAGCCUUUCACUUGUGAUCAGUGUGGAAAGAGUUACAGAUAUAAAGACACUCUUAAAGCACACAUGAGAAUUCACACCGGAGAGAAGCCCUUCACAUGCCAACAUUGUGGAAAGAGUUUCACAGUAAAAGGAAACCUUAAACAGCACAUGAAUACUCACACCAGAGAGAAGCCGUUCACAUGCCGUCACUGUGAAAAGAGUUUCGUUACUAGAGAAACCCUUAAUCAACACAUAACCAUCCAUUCAGGGAAGCCAUUCACAUGUGAUCAAUGUGGAAGGAGUUACAAACAUGAAGAAAGCCUCAAGUCCCACAUGAGAGUUCACACUGGAGAGAAGUCGUUCGCACGUGGCUGCACAUACAGUGAACCCCUUGAUUCCCACACAAAGGGUGAACAUUCAGGAGAGAACGGUUUUGAGUGUCAUCAGUGUGGAGAGAGUUUCAGCUGUAAAGUGAGCCUCUACACUCAUGUGAGACUUCAUACUACAGCGAAGGCUUUCACCUGCGAACUGUGUGGGGAUAGCUUUUUGCAAAAUGGAAAUCUAAAGUCACACAUGAGGAUUCACACUAGAGAGAAGCGAUUAGUGUGGAAGGAGUUUCAGACGUAACCCUUGAUUCACACACGGAAGGUUCUUACUACUGUAAAUGUGUAGGAUCAGAGAAACGUGUUAUUAAUUCAGUACUAUAAAGUGACAACUGCGGAAGGUUUUGUUUUUAAAUGGCACCAGAAAUUAUGCAUCUCUUUGAAAUGAUGACAUUCACACUGAAGUUGAAUGUGGCUGAAAUAUGAUUUUCUACCUUCAUAACUAUUUGCAUUUUUUUAUCUCUCUCUCUCUUUCUCUCUCUCUCUCUCUCUCUCUCUCUCUCUCUAUAUAGGCUCUUAUUUUAUGUCUUGUGCAUAUGAACUCCAGUGGCUGCACCUGACCAAAUGCUUUGCUAUAGCUCAGUUCUCAAAGUUUUUGUCCCAAGGAACACCUUUGUGAUUAUUAAAUUCAUCUUUGAAACUUAAACAUAAACUGUAUUGACUUCUGUUUUUCUGAGACAAAUGCUGCAAUGUAAAUGAAAGAUUAUACAUAAGAUGUGAGUACAAUAAUAAAUGAUAAACUCUGUUA